AUGUCACACGACAGUAACGAGGCGAUCCUAACAAUGACGGGCGAUAAGCCAUAUUUGCAAUUCACUGGUGUCGGGAGGACGCAGCGGGUUAAGAAUGUGAGAGAGGUGCUCAAGACGGCAUCUAGCGCAAUCGGGGGAACACUCAUUGACGCGCCCUUCUAUGCUAGUAACAAAGAGCAGAUUACUGUGCAUCCCUUAGGUGGCGCCAUCAUGAGUUCUGAUGGUACUGGACGGCGCGGUGCUGUGGAUCACAUGGGUCGCAUUUUUGUUGGAGAAGGGGCCGAAGUCCAUCAUGGCUUACUGUGUGUUGAUGCGGCUGUGAUCCCGACAGCAUUGGGUGUGAAUCCUUUUGCCACUAUUACUGCUCUUGCUGAACGGAUCUGUGAGAUGUUGCUUCAUGAGAAGCAAUGGCCAGUUGAUGAGACCGAGAAUGGGACGAUCGACCUGUUUGAAAACCCAAAAGUAUGCCACGCCAUUGAACCAGGCCUAUCUCACUACGAUGGGUCGCAAGCAGACGGCGCCGGCGUCAGAUUCACCGAAGUCAUGGAUGGAUACAUCCAUAUUGGCGGCAACAUAGUCGACUUCGACGUCGCUCACAACGUAGCUAAAAGAGCAGCCAGCUCAGCGAGUCUGUAUAUUACUGUUGAUACGUUUAGCUUAGACAAUCUGACAUCGCUUUCCGACAACGCUUCGAUUGCGACGGGAACCUUCUCCUGCGGCGCACUAUCGCAAUCACCUUUGAUGGUGCUACGUGGGCAAGCCCAGUUCUUCACUACCGACGACCAGAUAUCGGAUGGGACGGAUCUUGUCUACAAGCUCACUAUGUUGAGCGCUGAAGGCACCACGUACCUGCUGCAUGGUUACAAGAACGUGGAUUCUACGAUGGCAUUUUCCGCCUCGAUGUCUUGGAAAGCGACGACGACUCUAUACACGACCGUCACUCAUUUCGAUGGAACACUAGCCGGACGAGGAAUUCUGCGGAUCUCGUGGCGCAACUUCAUCGACGAGAUCCAAAGCUUUGGAACUCCUGCUCAUCAUAACGGCGCUCGAGGUACCAUCUUAGCACCUUUUCGAUUCCUUACACAGUUCGCCAAAAAGACGGCAGAAUACUUCUUCAGUCCGCUCCGACCUCUUCAAUUUCCGGACAAGUCAACUUCGGGUUACUUUCCAAAAGCUUUGCCCGCCAAGAUUGUGGAACUGAGGGCCGAAGACGGUGUCCAAACUGUCUUGAAAGUUUGGCACCCACCCUCUGAAACCACCAAACGCAGCAUGCCGGUUCUUUUCAUACCUGGCGCCUCUGUAGAUGACCAGAUCUUCUCACUACCGACCAUUCAAGUCAACGCAAUCGAAUACUUUACUGGGCUUGGAUACACUUGCUACGUUUCUACCUUGCGUUUCGGAAUUUCACCAGCGGCCAAAGUAGGGUACACUGCAUACGAUGCUCGAGCCGAUGUCAAGGCGGCGAUGGAAUAUGUGAGGGAAGAAGAGAACGGCAAGAAGUUUUAUGUCAUCUGCCAUUGUUUGGGAAGCAUCGCUACAGGAAUGGCACUGUUAACGGGAACAGCCAAUGCUGAAUGGAUCCAAGGUAUGACAGCGAGUCAAGUGUUCAUGCAUCUUCGGUUCGGAAAGAUCAACAGCAUCAAGUCCCGCACGCAAGCGCUUCAAAUACUUUACAAAACCCCCCACUUAGCACUCAACUAA